ACCGGCGAAGGGGUCUUUCUUCCCUCUUGCGUCGCAUUGGCUUCUCGGGAAGAUUUCGCUACUUACUGCUUACUGCCACCGUCGCCACCACCACCGCCCGAGGCUUGCAACGGGCGACGGAUGGGCCGCUUGCGCUGCGUUGGGAAUCAUGAUGCCCGGGGAGACCCCACCUGCGGCCAACACGGCGGCGAUCGCGGCGGAGGCGGCCACGGCCUGCGCCAACUGCGAAGCCCUUCAGCAGAAUUUGAAUGAAUAUAUUGCUGCAUUAAUAGCUUUAAAACAAAAAAUAAUUGAUGCUGACCAACUACUCGCAGAAUACCAGCAAAAGUGCAAUGAGCUUCAGUUUGCUAAAAGAGAAAACAGUACACUUCAUCACCAAGUGGAACAAAUGUUCCAGAAAAUAUCACCUCUGAAAAAGUGUCAAGAAGAGCUGGGAUCUCUAAAAGCAGAACUAGAAGAGAAAAAGAGUUCACUUAAGAUAUACCAAGAGACUCAUCUGGAAUACGUUCGAGUAAGAGAAGAAAUGGAUAAAAGUGACAGUGUGAAGAAAAAAUUAGAAAAUAAAGUGAAAAAGCUUGAAGAAGCUGCAGCAAAGCAUACUCAGGAAUUUAAACAACUGAAAGCAGAGAAGAAAGUACUUGAGAAGGAAUUGAAGAAAGCACAGGAAAAGAUUGAUGGCUUCCCUAACAGAAAGCAAAAGAAAGUGUUGAAAAAUGCAGAGACCCAGAGUGAGAAUGAGAAUUUAGUAGCAAAUGUGGACAAAGAAAAAAUUAAAUUUCUGUUGGAAGAACUCUGGCAGUGUAUAGAAAACUCUGCAGGAAAAAAGCAGAUCAACAAAUGUGAGCAUGCAAUAGAAACACAUAGAAAGAUAAAAAGAGGGCAAAAUCCUGAAAAAGUGAAGAAAUCUGAAAAAGCAUGGCUAUCAGAGCCAUCCACAAUGCAAACUUCUCCAACAUCACUGAAGAUACAGGUGGACAAAAAAAUUGCUGGAAAUAGUCACCUGAGAGAAAACAAAUUUAUGGAGACUACUAAAAUGAACAACGGGAGUAUUUCUGAUGAAGACAGGUGUCUAGAUGGUUUUGCUGAGGCAGAUUUUGCAACAAAUAGCAUGGAUCUUCUCAACGAGGAGCAGGAAGAGCUUGGUGAAAGUCUGCGAGAUGUUUUGAAAUGGAUUAGGCCUCUUCCUCCUCUUCUGUCACCCAUACAGUUUUCACCUGCUACUACUCCGGACACUUUAUUUGGAGACAUCACAGAUUCCAGUGAUGAUGAAAUGGAGCAGAAUGCACAAACACUUGAAAAUAUUAUAGAAGAAUAUGAUGAGGACAAACCAGCAUCUAAAACUUUGCAUUUGGCAGAAUUUUGCUCACAAGUUUUAAAAAACAGCAGUGUAAAGACUCAUCUACAGGAAUCACAUGAAAGAUCAAAAAAAUUAGAAAAUGAAGAAUCGGUGCUGUCAUCUGACUCUAUGCUCAGAACAUCAGAUUACCUUCAUGGGAACAAUACUAAAUCAAAGACUGAAGAAAAACACCUAAAAGAAGAUUCUGACUUUGAACAAAUACACAAAGCCCUUGAAGCAAUAUCUCCCAGUACAGAGAAACUAAGUGAAAAUAUGAUUAGCAAAAUAGAAACAAAAGGGCGAAUCUUCAUUGGACAUGUGCUGGAAGAGACUGAUUUCAUUCAACAGGAGGAAGAGAAAAGGUUAAUUGAAACAAAAGAAGAUGACUGGGGUCAAGGACUCAAAGGCAGUGAAGAACAGCAAACCAAAGAACCUAUUUCAACUGCUGAAAACACACCUGUGACUUCUAAAAAUGUGAAGGAUCCUUCUAAUGAUAAAGAAGAAAGAGUGAUAGAAAGUGUUUUUGAGGAUCCCCAGACAGAAUCUUACUCAGGAAAAGCAAGUCUUCUUUUUGAAAAGCACGUUGAACAUAUAACAGUAAAAGGACAAAAUGCAGCAGCUGAAAGAAAUAAUGAACCAUUAAUAGAGGGGGGGGAAAAUGUCAGUAAUUGUGAAUUCCUUUCUGAAACAAAUAUUAGUGAAAGAAUUGAGCAACCAGGCGCCAGCAUAACAUGUAUGGAAUCUAUUGAAAAAGAUAUUAAUUCUUUGGAAGCAUCUAACAAACCUCAUUCUGUAGUGGAGAUAGGCAACCAACAAAAUGGAAGCAAGAUAAAUGGAAAGAAUGAGCAAGUUGAUGUAUUGAGAUCAAAUUCAGAUAUUGUAACAUUAAUUGAGGAUUUGAAGCAAUCAUAUCAUGGCGGCGAAAUAAUUGAGGCCAUGAAUGAUAGGUCCAGAAAAAAUGUGUCUGAUGGAGUUUCUGAGGGAACAAAGUUAGAAGAUACACCAAAGGAGAAUCUACAAUUAGAAUGGUUACUUGAUGAAAAAAAUUAUAUUAAAUCAAUACAAGAGGAGUUAACUUGCAAAAGCAGUACCAACAAGUUACCAACCCAAGCAUACACUGCUGAAGACUCUUUGUUGAAAUCUGGGGGAUUUACUGAAGCAAGUCAAGUAUCCCUUGAAGUACACAAUGUCACUGAAUGUGCUUCUCAAAUGGGACAAAUUGAAAAUGCAAACAUUACACCCAAGAACAUGUCCAAAGUAGAAAGCAUUGGGAGUAGUUUAAACAGUUACAUGGAAGUCUUAAAUCCGCUAAGAAAAAGGCUUAUGGAGCUAAAAUAUGAAUCAAGGAAACUUACUGAAGUGGGAAUUAUACAAUCCCUUAAAGUAGUAUUAAGUGAAAAAGAUUCACCUAGUUUGAUGCAUGGGCAUUCACAAAUUGAAAAAAAUAGCUCAAUGAUUAUAAAUGAACUACCUGAUACAAAAAAGUAUGCCAUGGAAGAAAAAGGGCUGAAUUAUUCUUCUUCUGCUUCAAAUGAAGUAGCUUCAGGACAGAACGUGAGCAAUGAUACAAUUCAACCGAUGCAAAAUACAUCACAGAGAAUAAAUGGAGAAAUUGAAUCAGCCUUGUCUAUUAUUAUGACAGGUGAUUCUGAGGCAAAUAUAGAAUCUAUGAAUGUUGCUUUUCCGUCUCCUGAUAAGGAAAAUGCUGAUCACAUUGAUCCACAUAAUUCUGAGGAAAAUUGGAAGAAUAAAAAGUCAAAAACUAUUGAAUCAGAGGGAGAUAAGUUGAAUUUGAGAGAUAUAAACUGGGAUUACCAGAAUCCUAGUAAUAAGAAAGAUAAAAUGGAUUUUGAACAAGAUAAAAAUGGUGGCAUUUUCAACAAGUCCCAGGCAUCAGUCACUCUUAAAAGUUACAGUAAAGACAACUCUGAAAUGCUGUCCUCUGAUGGAUAUUGUCCAAACAAUAUUAACAGCGUAGAUACUUCUACAGAAAACAAAUUGCUGCUGAAUCAUAUGGAACUUCUUAUUCCCAGGGAUAAAAAUAUAGACAUGCAGUCAAGAAAUGAUACUGUAAAAAAUAUCAGUGAAAAAACAGCUAAGGACACAGAUACUUUAUUGAGUACUGAAAUAAGGUCUAGGGGAAUAGAUGAAGUAAGUAUGUUAGAAAAUUCUGUUUCAGUGGGGAAGUCCUCUGUCUCAGAUUCAUCAGAAGAAGAAUUUUAUCUGUUAAGAAAAGUGAAUUGCACAAAAACAUAUCCAGGAUGUGCAGUGUCCAGAGAUAUACCUUGUUCAAUCAAAAACAGUGAAGCUAGUCUUCCACCCAGUACAACUUCUUCAGAUGGUGUCAGACAUGAGAUGUUGUCUGUGGUCACAAUAAAGGAAUGCUCAAAAGAUAAAAAAGCUGAAGUGGGUAACACUGACUUCUCUGUAAAUGAAGUGAUUGAAAAUGCAUGGGAACAUUCAUAUGCAGCAGUAUGGCCCUGCACUAAUGAGAAUACAACCUUAAAAAUAGAAGUCUCGUCUGCAAUAGAAAAGUUAGAAGAAAAGCAAAUGGAAGAAAAUGUUCCAACAAUUACUUUAUUGCCAAGUCAGGAUUUAUCUAACAAGAAAACGAUCUCUGGGAAGUCCUCUAUGAAUGAUCUAGAUGUUAAUGAUGAUACAGCUGUACUGCAUACAAAAUACCCUGUUGAUAGGGAAGUCCAUUCUGACUUUCAUGUAGAAAAAUCCAAGGUGGAAUUAAAAAGGAGCGUUUCCACUUCAGAAUCCAGCUCAGAUAUAGACCAAAGUUACAUCAUAGUUUGUCAUGAUGAUGGCAGUGAUAUAUCCCAUAACAAGAGUCAUGCUAUAAAUAAAGGAAGCAUUGCAUCUAAGACCAACAGGACAUCCAUAUCACCUAUCUCUGAGUCUCCCAAUUCUAAUAAUAAAUUACAAAAAGUGCUUUCAGAAAAAUUGGAACCACCGGUUCCUUCUGCAAAGAACAGAGUAGAACAAACAUUCAGCUCUUCGGACCUUGUCAUAAUUAAAGCACAAGAAGAGAUUAAUGAUACUGAUGAUACCCAUCUCCAGACCAUAUCUAUCUAUAAGAGAAAAAAGAAAAAUCAGCCUAUCCUACCGGUUGAAACCAUUCUAGCCAAUGUAGAUAUUUCUACACAAACUACGUAUUAUCCAAAAACUUUAACAAAAAUUAUGCAAGAGAUGGGUCCACCAUUACCUCCAUUACUUCCACCUUUGCUAGCUACCCCUCCAAGAGCUGUUCAGCACAGUUCCCCUGUAGCAUCAAUUUCAAGCCAAUCUUCCUUACCAUCUCCACUUGAUGAAUUGAUUUCUCCUUUACAUAAAACCCCACUUCCUCCUCUAACAUCAAGAGAUCCCAAACACAAGUCUUCUUCAUCAUCAUCACCUUCCACUUUAUCACCCUCUGAAAUGUCAAUAGGUCAGAGAAGUUUAUCAUCCCCUCUUCAGUUUUGUUCCAACACUCCUAAACAUGCCCUUCCUGUUCCAGGUAGACUGCCUUCAUGUACAUCUAGCAAUUCUGUUCCACCUGUGCCUCAGGAAAACUCAGUGAAAAUUUUGGACAGUAUGUAUCCAGAAUUAUCUGCUCGGGCAAGAACACUCAAUAUCCUGAAAGGUAACAUUCAGUUUAAUAGGUCAUCUUCUCUAGAUGGGAAGGGUAGCCAUCAAAUCAGUGGCUUUAAAGCAAUUGCUUCCCCAUCAACUGCUUUUGUGAAAACAAGGAUCAGAUUUAAAUCUGAUUCAGAGAAGCUGCUCUCCAAUGUGACUGAGACUGGGAAAAGGAAGUUGCCAUCUGCGACUGUGUCAAAGGACGUCAAAAGACCAUGUUUAGAGAGCAGCAGAUCAUCAACACUGAACCCCUGCUCAGAAGAGCACUCCGAUGGUGACCUACAGUGCAUUCCUGAUGAUGACUCUCCAGACAAUGGGAAUGCUACUAAGUCAACAGAUGACUGUGAUUCAGAAUCACUUUUGGAAAUGGAGAAAACAGAGGAUCGUGAUACGUUGGCUGUGACUGUAGCAUUGGAAAAAGUUUCUGAAGCUUGUUUUGACCUAAUGCCUGUUAUUCGUAGCCGUGUUCUUGUUGGUAAUACAUCAAAGGUUCCAAUAAUGAGAGAUGAAGAGAAAGAAGUUGUUUAUGAAUUUGCUGUUGAAAAGAAGUCCUUGGCUGAGCCAGCUUUACAGACUAUUCUAAAUAAGCUGAAAAAGCAGAAGACAUCCUUGGGCCACAAUUAUAUUCAGUCCCUUUGCAGGAUCUAUGUUGGAAUAUGCCAUCAGCUUGGAGACUUAGAAAAAGCACGUCUCUUCUGCUACACUCUACUUAAGGAAGAUUUUCCAAGGUCUAACCAGUUGAUAUUGUUUAUUGCAAACAUAUGGAGUGAAGUGUUCUCCUCUGAAAGUGUGAUCAACAAAGCAAUCCAGUUAGUAGCUAGACAGCGUGCAAAAGGAGAUGUGUUGAAAUGCCUGAAAACCUAUCUCAAUUGGGAAGAGAAUGCACCAGUAGAUAUUAGCAUGAUGAUCUCCAGUCUACUUUGGGCAAUACAGUUGUGUCCACAAAUGGAAUUUCAGCUGAGUGAAAAAUAUGGAGAAGACCUGAAAGAGAAUACAUGGCAAUAUGUGUUUGCUAUUGACCUCCUAUGCUCAUAUCAAAAGUGGUGCUGGACCCAUGAUAAUAUCAUAAGCAAAGAGCUGUGGCCAAUCAUGGAUAAUUGGAUAAAGAACAGGAAUGGCAAUGGAAGCAUUUCCUCCUCUUCUAAUAUAAUCAUUGCCACUGUGCUGCGAUUGAUUGGUUGUCUAGGACAAAUAGGUCUGAGAGAAGGAUUUUUUCCUGCUGUGGAAAAUAUCAGUUCUGUUAUUGGAGUCUUUCUACAGCACGCGAAAGAAAAAGAUGUGGCCUGGGGCGUCCAGCUAGCAGCCGCAUAUGCACUCUUUGAUUUGGGACCUAGCAAUCCAUCAAAAAUCCUGGAGGCCAUCCAUGCAUGGAAAGCAGCAACCACCAACAGCCUUCCCUCUGCUGUUCUACAUGGCAUAAGUGAAGUCAAUAGUCUACUAACAUGCACAGAAGAACAGAAGAUUGUUCAUUAGCAUAAGAUUUCCAAUAGAAAAUGGAGGCAGCUCCUCUGAAAGAAGUUUCUUUGAAGCAGAAGAGACUUUGAAGGACAGCGGAAAGUAUGAAUACUUGCAUAAAUGUAUUCGUAGCAGCUUGGCCAAUGUAGCCUGGAAUAGGUUAUGUUGCAGAUGAGUGUGUCCUUAUAUACUACCGUAGGAGAGAAACGGCAAAUCUUUUUUAAGUAAACUGGGUUUGUCUGUUUGUCCAUUGAUUAUGUUUAAGCAUGCUAACUUCAGAGAAUUGAAUAAGUUUUUUUAAAAAGGCUGUUCCUAAUUGUGUGAACAUUCAUCCCACCUCUUUCUUUAAAUGGAUUCUGUAAAUCCCCUGUGUUUCAAAAUAUUGCAUAUUUUCUUAUUAGAAAAUGACACUGGGACAAAAGAGAGAUAUUUGUGCCAUGGGAAGUGAUGUACCUCUCAAGUUUAACUACAUUAAAAUAGAUUUGCUUCUACUGUAAAUUUCUUAAUUUAGACCAAAUCAUGACUUAAAAAAAAAAAAACUAAUGGUAGCCCUCCUGCUUUUAAUUAUUUAAAGGAGGCAUAAUGUGUUUCCUGUAAUAUUUAACAUCCACAUUAUAUAUAGAAUAUUGAGAUGACUUCUCUGUGAGAAUUUGUACAUAUGUUAUAUUCAAAUAAUGUGUUUCACAUUUCACGUUGUUCCAGUUUGGGAAUUUUAUUAUCUGUAUAUAGAAAUUGGAAAGAAAGACACUUGCACUGUUCAAGGAAGUUUCACUUAUUUUCAUUUAUAUAUAAAAAUAUAAACACUUUUUUUCU